CAUCAACACCAACAAUGUCCUCAAAUUCGGAAACUCCGUCGACACCAACGAUGUCUACACCAACAGUUUCUACAAAUCCAGCUACUCCAUCAACAUCGCCCUCAAAUCCCGGCGGAUUAUUUAGCAUAUCAACUUCUUCUUCUACUACACCAUCAACGCCAACUAAUACAGCAACAUCAUCAAUGUCAACUAGUCCAGUCACUAGACCCUCCACUCCAUCAACUACCGGACUUUUCAGUCUUUCAACAACCCCUUCUACAACGCCAUCAAAACCUACAACUCCAACAACAAGUCCAGCAACUCCAUCAGCUUCGACAGGAUCUCCAACGUCAUCAACAAGUCAAGCAACUCCAUCAACAACAUCAAGUCCAGCAACUUCAUCAACAUCAACAAUCCCAACGAUGCCAACAAUGCCAACAAUGCCAACAAUGUCAACGAUUUCAACAACUCAGUCAACAUCUUCAACCAGACCUUCUACUCCAUCUACUACCGGAUUGUUCAGCAUUUCGACGACUCCUUCUACAACGCCGACUGCAUCUACAAAUUCUGCAACUCCAUCAACAUCAACAAUUUCAGGAACGGCAUCAACAUCAACUAAUCCAUCAACAUCUGCCACAACACCGUCCACCCUAUCAACGACUGGAUUAUUCAGCAUUUCAACGACCCCAUCUACAACGCCUUCAACACCUACAAAUCCUACAACUCCAUCAACAUCUACAAAUCCUGGAACUCCAUCAACUUCAACAGGAUCUCCAACUUCAUCAACAACAAGUACAGUAACUCCAUCAACAGCAUCAACAAUUUCUAGUCCAGCAACUCCAUCAACAUCAACAAUGUCAACGACGUCAACUAUGUCAACAAUGCAAACAAUGACAACAAAGCCAACAAUUUCAACAACUCAAUCAACACCUUCAACCAGACCUUCCACUCAGUCUACUACGGGAUUGUUCAGCAUAUCGACAACUCCUUCUGCAUCGCCAUCAACACCUACAACAUCAACAUCAACAACUUCAGCAACGGUAUCAACAUCAACAACUUCAGCAACGGCAUCUUCAUCAACAAAUCCAUCAACAUCUGUUACAACUGCUUCAUCAUCGUCUACAACUGGAUUGUUCAGCAUUUCCACGACUUCUUCAACGACGCCAUUAAUACCUACAACUACAUCAACAUCUUCAAAUCCGGCAACUUCAUCAACAUCAACCAAUCCGGCAACUCCAUCUACAUCAACAAGUCCAGCCACUUCAUCACCAUCAACCACUACAGUAACUCCAUCAACAAGUCCAUCAACUCCAUCAACACCAACAAUGCAGACCAUGCCAACAAGUCCAGUCACACAAUCAACACCAACAACGCCCACAUCUCCAACAACUACACCAAUACCUGCAACAACUACUCCAAUUCCACCCUCAUCAACCACAGGGUUGUUCAGCAUAUCGUCCACCACACGUAAGUUUGAUUAAAGUAUUGAUAUAUUUUAUCUAGUCAGAAUGACGUUUUUGUUACCCAUUCCGACGACCUGAUCACGUUCCACUAACUGAUCGUCCAUUUCAUAUUUUCACCUUCAGCUUCUACUGUCACACCAACGUCCCCUGCCACCACUACAACCAAAUCAACGGGAAAACCAACCGCUCUUCCGUCAACGCCCGGACAGAGUACGACCCCACCUA